AUGCAGAUCAUGACUCUGAACAUUGCAAUGGAGUGGAUCCGGCAGAAGGCUGCUGGUGAAGCGGCGUCCAGUGAAAAGGCCAAAAAGGGGGCACCAUCUGACAAGGCUUGGCUGCGCAUGAUGGAACUGGAGGAGCAGAAGAAGCUGGAUCAGGAUGGCAGAGUCUCCGCCGAGGAGGUGGCUGCAGGGAAAGCCGCCGCCGAAGCUGAAGCUCAGCGCAACCUGGAGCUUCGUGCAGAGGAGCGGCGCAGGCUGAGGGCAGAGCAGGGGCUGGAUGGGACCAGCAAUGACCUCAUCCUGGCUCAAUGCGCGCUGAGGCCAGGGGUGGUCGAGGAUGCUGUCUGCGAGAAGGCUGAUGAUGGACGCAGCAUCAAAGGCUCUCAGAAGCACAUGAAGAUUGUCUGCACGGAGGGGUGCACGAUUCACUAUCACUACGCAUGCUGGCGAGCCUUUGAGCGUGCGUUUAAGGUGCAGCAUCCUGAGUUCUCCUGGAAGAACAAGGACGGGGUGCGGUGCUUCACUGAUGGAUGCACGGGGAAUAUCAAGCUGGCGUUGGAGUUGCAAUCUGACAUGGGCACUGAAAUAUCUCGACGCGAGCUGCUACGGCUGCCAGAUGAGCCCAAACGAGCCGCUCACCCGCCACCCCAGGCCGAGCCAAAGAAGGCCCGCAAGCAGAAGGGCGCUCAAAAAGCCCCUGCAGCUGAUGCAGAGGAAGGCAAGGCCAAGGCGGAGGCCCGCCCCACUCGACAGGCACUGGUGGAGCGGGCUCCUGUGGCGCCAGCCCCUGCACCAAAGCCUGAGGUCAAGGUUGAGCCGGCGCCUCCACCAGCGCUGGACUUCCCAGAUAUCAGUUUUGUCCAAAGGAAGAGGGACGAUGAGGAGGAUCUGGAGCGUCUGGAGAAGGGUCUCAAGGGCAAGAAGGAGAAGAAGAGGCGAGAGAAGAAGGGCAAGAACGUGGUGCACGUGCUGCCAGACGCAGAAACAGCACACGAGGAGGAGCCUGAAAGCAGCAACCAGCCACAGUCCUAUGCUGAGCACUUUAUGGCUGCGGAUGACCCAGCACCUCGUCCGACGCUCAACAGCAAGGACUUUCCCGGCCUCACCCCCGCUGCAGCAGCCGGCUCAUCACGGCCAAUCCUGGCACCUGCACCUGCGCUGACACCUGCAAGACCCUCUGCAGAUGGCCUCUCUGCCUGGGAGACCAUCCUGUGCCUCCAAUCUGCUCGCCCAGGGCCACACCUCCUCAUCCAGAACGUGGACGUGCAAAGCCUGCAAGCUGCAUCCAAGCCGCCGGCCGCCCAUAUUGAGAAGAUGGUGUUGCAGUAUGGGCUGUUUGCUGCCUUGGUCGUUUUCCCUGGUCUCGCGGCUGCUGCUGUGUCCUACACCUCAUCGUCCGCUGGAGAGCAGGCGUACUUCAAGCUGGACGGGAAGCUGCUGGAGAAGAAGCGCCUGGAGCUGAGCUUCCUGGAGCAGUACCCCAGCCACGACAUGAUUGCCAACGUGGCUUCCGAGUCAGGCACGCCGGCGCUGCAGAAGCGAGCGACGGCCGAGCAGUUUGAGGAGACGGGCGCCGCCGCAGGUGUCGGCAGCAGCGGCGGCAGCGGUAAUCAGCCUCAGAGGAGCGCCAACGUGGAGAUCCCCAGGUCCUCACAGGGUGACAAGGACAGGCUGACGAUGCAGGGGCUGAUGAGGGGGGCCAAUGUGAUGGGGCUGGAGGGAGGCAAGGCCAACCAGCUGCGCGUGGCUGCCAGGGAGUUUGUGCCGAGCGGCAGCCCUGCCAGUAACCCAGCAGAGGCAGCACCCCUGGCGGUCUCAGCCACUCCCUCUGAAGCCGGCGCCACGGAGCCCACGGCUGCACAGGUGGAGGCUGACCUGGCGGUCAUCACAUGCAUGCACCUGCUGGGCUGCAAUGAGGCCGUCCUGGGCCAGUACAACCAGCAGGAGCGAUUUGGCAUCUCCCUGGAGGACCUGGCAGACCACUCCUCCCACGACGUGCACUCCAUGGGCCUCGUGCUCUAUGACAUCGACACCCACGAGCUGCAUGGCCUCUGGCGCGCCAAGCGCGUCACUCACAACAACGUUGCAGGCCAGGUCAUAGCGUUCGAGGUGCUGCAGAAGUUUCCACCCAUCAGCCGCGACAGGUACUCCAAUUUCCUGGGCCUGGAGGAAGACGGCAGCUUGAACCAUCCACAACUCAUCACGGGCAAUUUUGUCAAAUUCUGCAUCCAGCAGUUCCAGAAGGGCACUGCCUCUGCCCCCUCCCCAGGUCGUGCAGGCGGCUCUGGCCGCAGCAUAAAGGCAGCCAUCAAGGCGGCAGCAUCUCCCCUGAAGCCGGACGUGGCCCAUUCCGAGCCUCCAGCUCCCGCCCCAUCCGCGCGCCCCGUCGCCACUGCAGCAGCAGCAGCAGCAGCAGCAGCCCCCGCAGUCGCGCCGCCUCUUUUUGUCCCGGCGGCCAGACUCCCUGUGCCAGCAGCACCAGCGCCCCCAGCACCUGCGGCCCCAACUGCCGGCAACCUAUUCUCAUCGCUGUUCGAGGGCCUGUUCCCCAAGGAAGCCCCUGCCGCUGCGCCAGCCCCACAGCCGCAGCAAGCCGCCCCCGCCGCGCCGCUGGCGGUGCAGACGGCAGCCUCAGGCUCGCAGAGCAGCAGCGCGUCGGGCACGCCCCGGCCCAGCAGCGCGAGCACCCGGGAGCCGGACCGCGCGGCGCGCAUGGCCACCUUCUAUGGCAUGGCGCAGGCCUCGCCGCAGAGCCGCGCACAGAUCACCAACCUGCUGCAGUCGUCCGCCCUCAACAGCCACUCCUCCCUAGAAAUGUCCCUCCGCCAGCCCGCCCCCGAGACCACCCUCGCCGCAGCCGCCCAAAGCCUGGCGGCGACUGCCGUCAGCGCGCCAGAAGCGCCGGCAGUCAGCCAGGCAGCUGCACAGCCCUCCGCCGCAGCGCCAGCGCCGGUGCAGCCAACCGCGCCGUCAGCACCGGCCGCAAAACCGCCAGUGAGGCUGAUGAUGCCGGCCGGCCGUCCCGCCUACCGCCCACCAGCUGUCGGGGUGCGGCCCUACCGCCCGCCGAACGCGCCCGUGCCGCUGCAGCCGGCUCCUCAGCAGCAGCAACCUGAGCCGCAGCGGCCACAGGCGGCAGCGGCAGCGCUGCCGUCCAUCACGGACCUGCUGAUGUCCAACAUCCAACCAGCGCCCUCCCGGCCUUCCGGCUUGCCUGCGGCACGGCCGCCGCAGCCGAACUCUGCGCACAGGUCCGGCUCCGGGGCGGAGCAGCAGGCUGACACAAUGUCCCGCACCAGCAGCGGGACGUCCCUGAACAGUGAGGCCGCCAGCAUGGGCUCUACUAGGCGCCUCAAGGUGUACAUUGUGUGUAAAGUUUGUACCAGGAAGCGCGUCAUUCAUGUUCACUGCAUUGUGAGCAUUAGGUCAUCCACGUGA